GGAGGGCAUGCUGAAAUAUAUCAGGCUCAACAUUUCGGGGAAGAAGAUCCUGCCAGGUUCCGAUACGCUGGAGAAUCUUCUGGGCAUCAGAGUCCCUGACCUGCUGGACUUUAUGCAGCCUCGCCUACAUUUGGACUCAUCAAAGAGGAUGACUCCAGGGUCGACUCUUGAGCCUGCCUGGAUGAAGAAGACUUUUAUGCAGUCCCCGGGACGCCCACCAAAAGCUGUUAUGCUGAAGACCCUGGCUGAAAAAAACACACAGCAUCUGAAACCAGACGAGGCCACCGGCAGCCAGCCGCACACCAUGGACCAGGGGAGAUGGACAAACAUGGGGAAACUUGGAAGGACCCUGAGACCCCUGACUUCAGAGCUCGACCCCCUGCUCCCUUGCUUUGGUGCGACUGGACCGGCUCCUCCACCAAGAGGCAAGAGGUUAACUGCUAUCACAGAUGGUGGUGCAGCCAAAAGUGUAAGAGUUACCUCCAAACCUGCUUGCCAAGCGCGAUUCUCCCUGCUCCCUCCCUUUCGUGCCACUGCACCGGUUCCUUCCCCAAGCUGCAAGAGGGCAACUGUGACCACACAUGGUUUGGCAGCCAGAUGCAUCGGCAGUCAGAUGCAUCUGAAACCAAACAAGGCCACUGGCAGUCAGCCUCAGACAACGGAUCAGGGGUUAACGGCCAAACUGAGGAUACAUGGAAGGACCAUGAGACCCCUGACUUUAGAGACCUACUCCAAGGUCCUUCCCAUUGGUGCGGUGUCACGGGCUCCCCCAUCAAGAGGCAAGAGGGAAAUUGCUGACGAAGGAACAUUCAGAACAGCUGAUCGACGGUAUUCCCCCUUGUCCCACCCAUUGGUCGAGCUGCACCAGCUCCUCCCCAAAAAACCAAGGGGUCAACUGGUGCCAUAGAUGGCGGAGCAGCCCAGAGCGACGCAGGGACAUCCAGACCAGCUGGCCAAGCGGGAUGCUCCCGAGCCCCUCCCAUUGGUGCAACUAUACCGGCUCCUCCACCAUGAGGCAAGAGGUCAACCAGUACCACAGAUGAUGGUGCAGCCAAAGGCGACAUCCAGACCUCAGUGCUGCGGACAUAUUUAAAAAUUUUACUUACUUUUUUUUUAAACUUUUUUAUUCUGAAACUUUUUAUACUUUUAU